AUGAUGGCUUCAGGUGAUGAAAUCGGUCCUCGUAAGAGGCGGAGGAUCGGUUCCCCUGGACCUGAGCCCUAUGUGUUGCGAUCACUAUUCGAUGACGUCCCGCUGGCGACGGACGACAGCGCGGACGUUUACAUCACCUGCGUUGAAUACUGGGACGGAAACUUGUAUAUAGGGACUUCGGCGGCAGAAAUUCUGCACUUUGUCUGCCUUCCAGCAGCUUCCGACGACACCAGCGAGCCUACCUUUAUACUGGCAUCCCGGUUGCCCAUACCAUUCCAAAAUGAACCCUCCGACAGCGACACGAAAGGUGUCCGACAAAUUGUUAUACUGCCUUCGGUGAACAAAGCUUGCAUUCUUUGCAAUGGCAUGGUUACGUUCUACAUGCUGCCGGAGCUCAGUCCAGCAUUCGGGAAUACCAAGGUUAACCAUUGCCGCUGGAUCGGCGGGCUAGAUCUCAAUCAGGAUGCGGAGGAUGGAGAAAGCCCGGUCGUGAUGAUUGCUGUUCAAAACAGCAUUAUGCUGAUCAGGAUUGGAGAGGGAGCCCGGCGUAUUAAGCAGAUCAAGUUUCCGGGGUGCCUGGUUGCUGCGCGCAGAGGGACGAUCGCCUGUGCAGCCGAUACGCAGUCAUAUUCGCUGCUAGAGGUAGAACAUCAGCAGAAGAUUCCCUUGUUCCCAAUCUCCUCUUCGAGUGAGGUCUUUGAGUCGGGUCAGGUGGAAGAUAUUCCCCCUGCACCGCAGACACCUCUCAAACGAUCUCCAUCCUCAUCCUAUCCGAGCUCUUCCCCGACUGAUCCUCAUGUACAUGGAAGAAGCACCAGCUUGAACACCUUCGUCGGCAUGUUGCCACCAAAUGCCCAAACUCCUCAACAUACUAGAUCGCCUUCGGGAACUCCGGAUCCAUUCACAUCAUCAGGGAGCCCUCGUCGCUCGAGCUCACAGGAACGGGAAGACAAUUCUCAAGCGAAUGUACCAAAUUCGUCUCCAGAAGGCGAAGCACAGACCGCCAACACGGAAAGCCUCAAGCCAUUGCCUCCCCUCCCACCGAAGCCCAUUGUGAAACAGCUGCAGCCUCACGUUGUGUCUCCGACGCCUUCUGAAUUCCUGCUUGUCACUGGAACCGAAGAAACAGAACCUGGUGUGGGGAUGUUUGUAGAUAUGGACGGAGAGGUUGUCCGGGGUACGAUCAACUUCCACCGCUAUCCAAAGUCCGUUGUGGUUGAUGCUGGGGAGGACGAUCGGUCUCUCCAGCCAAACAAUGAUUCCCAAGAAGAAUAUGUUCUUGCUGUGAUUGAUUUUGGCGAAAAUGAAUCACAGCGAAACCGGCUGGAAAUCCAACGGUGGGACGAUGACCCGGCGGAGAUAGAUAGGCACCGAAGGUGGCUAGAUAUACCGUCGUCGCAAGAGACUCAACCACCUCGAGUUGGCUUACAGCAUACGACCAGCCCAAGUCAUCUAGAUCUUGAUGAUAUCGGGAAGCUUCUACGGAUGGUUCGCCUCAAAAGCCCGUCACUCUCGCCACAUAUCCCUGCUGCAGACCCGCGAACACAGGCCUCCAUCGAGCAACUGCAGAAGGAGAAGGAACUUUUCGAGUCUCAGGAGUUGACAGACUCGGACGGUUCUAAAAGGGGAGAGGCCUCGGGGUCUGAUCGCGAUUGGGAAUCUCAGCGGAAUGCUGAAGAAGCGAAGUUCGCUCAAGGACUGUGCAGACUCCAAAGCAGUUUGAUUCUGUGGUCGGGGACCCAAAUAUGGCGUCUGCUCAAGAACCCCCUGAUUGUCCAGCUUGAGGAUGCCCUUCAGCAAGCUCAGCAAUCUAGCAAUAACGGAUACACCAUCUUGCAAAGAGAUGCCGUCAUGGACUUGAUGGUAUCGAUUCAAGAUAUCGAGCCCAAGAAUGAGACUGAAUUUGUUAGCUUGGGUUAUGUGAAGCAAAAAGCAAGCCUGUUGCUAUAUGGAGAUCUCCUGUCAAUGCCGGCGGACAUUCGUGCGGAUCCUACCAUCAGGAAUACCGAGAAAGCACUCCUAACGGGUAAUCUGGAUCCUCGCUUAGUGUUGCUAUUCAUUCCCCUCCUCCGCUGUGAGGUUCUACAGGGCCCCCAGGGCGUAUGGAUCCAUGCUGGGCUGGCAUCUAUUACAGAAAAAUAUCUUAAACAAGUUGAAGCGGCAACCGAUAAAUCCUCCAAGCCAGCUACCACAGAUACCUCCUUGCUGAACAUGGUGAAACGCUUCCUUUUUGCAUGGCAACAGAAGAGAGGAUAUGGGAGUAUCACGGAUGAAACAUAUGUUUUGGAUAGCACAGACGCCGCUCUAUUGCAUUUGCUUCUUGAACAAGAUGUCCACUUAACAGCGGAGCAGCGAGCAGUGUCUAAGUCGCGCGCGGAAUUGAACAAGCUGGUCGACAAUUGGAAGGGCAAUUUUGACCGAGCAGUGGUGCUUUUAGAACAAUAUCAGAGGCUCUUUAUUUUGAGCCGGCUGUAUCAGAGCCAGAAGAUGUCUCGCAACGUCCUGAAAACAUGGCGGAGGAUCAUUGACGGAGAGCCUGAUGCCGGCGGAGAGGUCACUGUGGCUGGCAUUGAAGCGCAGAUGCGCCGGUAUUUGGUGAAGAUCAAAGACGCCCAACUGGUGGAAGAGUAUGGGUCCUGGCUUGCUGGACGGAACCCGGCACUGGGCGUCCAGGUGUUUGCUGACCAUUCGAGUCGAGUGAGACUGGAACCGGCGGAUGUGGUUGCGUUGCUUAAGGAGCGAGCACCCAGCGCUGUUCAGGUUUACCUAGAACACUUGGUCUUUGCCAAGAACUAUACCCAAUACGCUGACGAUCUCAUCACCUACUACCUGGAUGAAGUUCUCUCGGUGCUUGAGUCCUCCCCCACAGCACGGACAUCUCUCUCCGAAUCCUACUCAACCUACCGGGCCCUACGCCCUCCCAAACCCACCUACCUCAACUUCAUUACUGAGAACACCCCCUCCGAGCCAUGGUGGCAGUCUCGCCUUCGCCUCCUCCAACUUCUAAGCGGCACCUCCGGCACCCAAUUCUCCUCCGCACCCCUUGCCCCGGGAAUCACCUACUCUAUCCCCAAUGUGCUCGCCCGCGUUGAGCCCUUCCAAGACGACCUCGUUUCGGAGAGCAUUAUUCUCGAUGGCCUGCAAGGCCACCACCGUGCCGCCCUGCGCCUCCUCACCCACGGUCUGGGCGACUACGACUCCGCCAUCCGCUAUUGUCUCUUCGGCGGCCCGCGCAGCGCGGCCACCGGCUCCACGCCGGAGCUCGCCACCCACGACACCCAGGCCACUCUGUUCCGCCAUCUGCUAGACGAGUUCCUGCAGAUCCGCGACCUCUCAGACCGUAUUGAGCGCACAAGCGAUCUACUCGCGCGGUUCGCGGCGUGGUUUGACGUCCGUGACGUGCUGGCCUGUGUGCCGGAGGACUGGAGCGUCGACGUCCUGGGUGGCUUCUUUGUGCAGGUGUUCCGCACGCUAGUGUCGCAGACGCGUGAGGCUCGCAUCGAGCGUGCUCUUAGCGCGGGCUUGAAUCUACGCGUCGGCGUCGAGUACACGGAUGGCUUGGAGAAAGCCGGGCCGUGGAUCGAGGACGGCGAAGGCCUGCGCCGGUUAAGGGAUAGUCGGACUGCGGCGCCGAUAGCAGGGGGAGAGGAGGGUGAAGACAGCGCGGAAUUUGGAAAUGUGGUGGGGCCGACUGUGUCUGGGGAAGUGGGCCAGUAG